CACGGCGGAAUCGACCGGGCUGGUUUUGGAGUCGAAAUAUGUAGACAGGAUUUUGGGCCAAAAUGGGCACGACGGAGGCGUACACCUUCUACGGCACGCAGCUCGAGGAGCUGACCGAGGACGAGUUGUGGGCGAAGAAGCCCGUGCCUGUGGAGGAGCAGGUGGCGACGGACAAGCAGGGCCGGCGGCGCUUCCACGGCGCCUUCACCGGCGGCUUCUCGGCAGGUUACUUCAACACGGUGGGCUCCGAGGAGGGCUGGACGCCGGCCACCUUCCGCAGCACCAGGGCCGAAAAGGAGGCCAAGCGCCUGCAGCGUCCCGAGGACUUCAUGGACGACGAGGACCAGGAGGUGUUCGGAAUCGCUCCGAAGGUGCUCAGGGCGCGCCAGGAGUACAAGAAGGCCACGAUCGGCGGACACGGCUCCACGUCGCUCGAGGGCCUCCUGCGGCCCGUCAGGGACACGGUCGGAGUCUUGCUGCUAAGGCGCAUGGGCUGGCGCCCUGGCCAGGGCGUCGGACCGCGCCAGACGGCUGCCGAGAAGCGCCGCCGACGCCAGGUUGCUGGUCGUGCUGAGGAAGAAGAGGAGCCUGAGGACGACCUGGAGGGUGUGACGUUCGCCCCUGACGGUGGCCCCGAAGACCAACACGUACGGCAUGGGCUACGUCGGACUGGCCACGCCCUUCUCGCUGUUCGAGCCGCCCAAGCCGGUCAUGAACGCAGCCGUCGGUGGCGUCCGCGGCCAGGCAUUCGUUGGUGCGUUUGAGCGCGAGGACGACGACAUCUACGCCGCGGACGACACGAGCCGCUACGACUUUUUCCUCGAGAGCGCCAACGACCCAACGAGAGCCGCAAGAGACGCAACGACGAGAAAAGGGCAGAAAUUGAGGUGGUACCGUGACGACCGCGAGAAAUUUCUGCCAGUGGACGCUAGUAAGCGACUCUCCCUGUUGGCGCCAGGUCUCUUAAGAAUUUCAAAG